AUGAUAAGCACGCUGUUCUUCGAUGAGGUGGAUGCUAGUAGUGCACUGCAUGUGCGCACAACACGGCAGCAUCACAUUGAUGAAAGUAGUGUACAGGGAUCUGUCACUGCAUUUACUAAAAGUUAUGGAAAAGAUACUUUUUGCAGCGGAUCUAUUCCAGUUCCAUCACUGCGGGCUACACUUCUCUGGUGGUUAGAUCGUGAUGCACCGCUAGUACGCAUUCUGCUCACCAGCAACAAUUCACCCGGUGAUGUCAGUUAUAGCUGCCGCAAGAUGACUCUGGAGAUUCCCGCACCACGAGAAUCUAUUAUUGCCUGUGGUGUCACACAUGUUCGGGAAGAGACGAUAUUUGCUCUUACGUGGGUAACUUCAAUGCUUGAGGUGGGUCUCUUACGUGUUCAACUGCAGCGAAGUAGUGAUCAACACAGUCAUUUGUUAUUGGUACCGGAUGGAAAGACGGUGCUGACUUCACGUCUUUCACAAGUGGCUACAUCUUUUGAAAGUGAAACAGGAAGUCCGACUUCAAGAAAUGGAAAUACAGGGAGAGAAAAUGAAACUGAUGAAAGUAUUGGAGUUUCUGUCUCUGCAUGUAUUCUUGCAAGUAUAGCUCCAGAAAAAGUAACAGAUGGAGUACUUUCUGUAAUUGCACUCACCAAUGGUAUUAGCAUUUGGCGUGUGGAAGUUGUUGAGGAUGGUACUUUCACAGAGGAAGAAUUUCGUGAUUUAAAAAGUCAAAACGGUGGUAAUAAGGAUUCUUCACGCAACAGUGGUAUUUCCUCUUGGCUUCCAUCAUGGCCAUGGGAUGGAAAACAGAGGAAAGGAUGUCGUUAUUUAUCUAUCAGUGCAGUUCAACAAACACAGUAUAUUCUUCUUCUUCGUUCUAAUGGAUCAUUAGAGUUAUAUGAUAGUUCUAUGCGUCCUGUGGCCCCAGAUUCUAUUUGUGUUUUAUCAAUGGAAAAUUUUUCUUCUUGCAGAGUUCUGUAUCAAUGGUCUACUUUCUUAGAUGAUGAUGUACAUGUUGUUACAUGCUUUGGAGGAAAAGAAGUUUGUCAUUGUACUUGGUCGCGUAUUCCUAUUAAUGCUAAUGGUGGAAUUCUUCCUCCUGCUCAAUCCAUGUCAAUUUUACCACCUGUGGCAACCAGUUCACCAAUGGGAUGUGUUGCUGUAAAAUCAGAACAACUUGCUAUUCUUUGGUCUGCAGUUGCAGAAGAAGAUGGUUGUGUACGUUCAUCCCUUUCUGUUGGUUCUCUUCUACACAGUACUCAACAAGGUCUGUCAGGAUUUUUACAGAUAAUUACGGCAAAAGAUGAAGUGGAAGCAGAAAUACGUAAUAAACGUGUUGUUUCAGCUCGUUUACUUUUAGAGAAGGUAGACGUUUUCUUUUGUCAUUCACGUCCUCUACAUGCUCUUACUUGUGUAAAAGAUGAACUAGUACUAAUUGAAAACUCAGAAGAAGGUGUACGAGCUCAUGUUUUAAGUUCUGAAAUGAGUCCUCUUGAACGAUUAUUGGAGUCUGCUUUUGCAGUAGGACGACCUGUUGUACCUGCUACUCGCAAUGCUUUACCACUUCCUUCUAUUCAUUUGGUUCCUGCUGUGGUUUCAGAAGAGGUGAAUCAUCCUCUUUGUACAGAUACUGCGGCAUUUGACGAAGGUGUGGAAUUAGCAGCAUCAUGUGCAGAUGGUGCAGAUAACCUCGCUGCACUUCUUAUUAGUACAGUGCAAAGUGUUCCAGUCGCUCUCACAUUGGGAGGAUUUCAACUUUUACGCAGUGCAGCUCAUCUACAGGGUUAUGCUCCAUCUGGUUUUGUGGAUGAUACAGCGAUGAAAACAGCUCUUAAACAUGCAUCAACAAACUUUAAACUUUAUUCACGACAAAAUUCUUUUUGUAGUUUUUCUCGAAGAUUUGUUCAACAUACAAUUUCUCGAGAUUUACUUUCUCGGAUAGCUUAUAUCAUUUGUUCUUACAUUGGAUGGAUUGGAUCUCGACUAGGAUACUCUACUAGCCUAGAAUUACCACGUGUUCGUAUUAUUUUAGAGUUCCUUUCUGCAGCAUAUCAUGCUGUAGGAGUUGCAGGACCUUUUACUGCUACUAUAACUCCUAAUGUACAAGAAACUGUUAUAGCUGAUGUUCUUGAAUUAUUAUUACAGUUUAAUACAGAAGAUGAAAAUGAUGGAAAUGAUGUGAUAUUUGCAGUACAUGUGGCUAAUCGACUUCGAGAGUGUGAUAAAGCACUUGGAAUGAGAGCCUGUGCAACAUGGUGUAAUCUCUUAUCUCGUCGUUAUCCUUGUUUACAACAUUUUCGUAUUAUUCGAGAACUUGAUGUUGGACGAACAGCACGUUCUGGACAAAUUCGUUCCAUGUGCUUAUCAGCAUCUUUUCAUCUAUCAAGUCUACCAGCUAAUAUAGCUGUACCUCUUAUUCUUGAUAGUGGACUUGCUGUAUUUAACAGAGGUGGAACACUUCGUACAGCUUUUGAUAAUGUAACUGUAGAGGAAUGGCAAUUAUUGCUUACGGAUACUUCUCUUAUUGCUAAGGUGUAUCGUGUGGCACUUCUCCGUCGUGUUAUUUAUCCAAGUGGUACCUAUCAUUCAAGUGUAGAUAGUACAUUAGUACGAGAAUUAUUCCUAAAUGAAUUACGAGAACUUGAACAAUAUGUACUAUUUGCUAAUGGAAAAGAUUUUACACGACUACGUCGAGCUCUUAUAGAACUUCGUCUUGAGACACACAUGUUUCUUGCUCGAGCUAGUUUAGAUGAACCAAAUUUUACGGAUAUCUUUCUUUCUCUUGAAGAAGUAUUAAAUUGUGCAGAUGAACUGGAUAUGAGUGCUAUGUACACAGAGCAGGUAAUGCAGGUUGUGGGAGAAGUGGUGGAAUUGGCCUCUUCUUCACAGAAUUUUAUUGAGAUUAUUGUUUCACUCGCACAUACUAGUGCUCAUUUAGACAGUAUUCUCACAUCCAAAUGGUAUGCUUACACUGCACGAUUAACAACAAAAUCGGCAUCAAAGCAAGCAGAUUUAACACGUUUGCGUUCAGCAAUAGGACUUUACCGUUAUCUUUGUAAGCGACACGCUUAUGGUCAAGCUGCUCGUAUGAUGACAGAUCUUGCUACUGUUAUCCGUUGUUCUUUAUUUCGUGCAGGUGCUGUAGAGAUUGUGCUUGAAUUAACUGCCCUUGCAGUAACGGCAGUUGAGUUAAUUGCACCUACUGCACCCUUACAGAUUCAACAGGAAGAAAGGGAUUUAUCAUUAUAUGCAGCGUAUGGUUCUCCUACUUCAUCACGUGCUCCAGAGCAAGUGGUACCUCCUAAAGGACCUUUAACAAGAGAAUAUUUACCUUGGUUGCGUCGUCGUCAUUAUCAAGCAUUUUGUGAAAAGAAAUUAUUGGAAGCAGAUCGACGUGUGGAUUGUACUGAUUUAUGGAUAGAAGAUACACCAAUGUCAACACAUGCAGCUGCGGUGAAAAGAUUUGUUGAAGUUCUAAUGGAAUCACGUUUUUGGACUGAAGCUCGACGUUUUGCAGAGAUGGCCGGUUAUGAUGUUAGUGUUGUUUUACGGGAACAUGUAUUGGAUCUUAUGAUGUGCACAAAUUACAAAACGGAUGAGGAAGCACUUGAAGAAUGGUAUGAAAUGAUUGAAGGUUGUAAAGAGGUUUCUUCACCAUCUAAUAGGUUUGGUCCUUUGCGAAAUACUGUGAUAGCAGCUUUAACUUAUAGUUAUGAAAAGGCACUACCAGCUCUCCUUUGUGCACUUGAACGAUUAAAUCGUUAUGAGGCAAUGCAAGCAUUACUUGAAGUUUUUGAAACACUGCUUCAUAAACGAAUGUUAACAAUGGAUUCUAAAAGAAUAAAGAAUGAAGAAAUAGAUGAUGAACCUUCAUUAAAUGCUGCAGAUAGUUCUGAUAAAAAUAGCAGUAAUAUGGACAAAAAUAACUAUAUUUGCCAUGAUACUGUUACUGCUGCUCAGCCAUGGGUACCAUUGGUAGAUAGUCUCCGCAUUGGGACGACUGUUCUCAUGGACGCUUUGUACGCUAGUGAGAGGAGUGAUGAACUCUGCGAUGCCUCCAUGACGGCUGGAGUGUUUGAUCCAAUGGCCUGCAGGGCGCGUGAACUACUGGAGACUCCAUCUUUACUGGAGCAUCCCUCUCUUGAACAGGCAAGGUCUGUGGCCGAGGCAUUUUUGCGGGCCUUUGAGGAAUUAAAGAGAAACAAGUUGAAGAUGGCGUAG